UUUAAUGCAUCAAAUUCAUUUCAAUCAGAUUAUUGUAGUUAUUUACUAAACAGCUUCAUCUUCAUACAUGGAGAUAAUCAAAAUAUGAUGCAAUCUUAAAAAACACUAAUGUUGAACAGAGAGUUUGGAAGCUUCAGAAGGGUGUAGCAUAUCCUUUCCAACAACAAUGACAAUAUUAAUUAAUAAUUAAUAAUAUCUGUUGUCGGGCGGUUGAGCUCCUACAGGGACAAACAUAUAUUACCAUUAACAUCUUUCUUAAUCUCUGAUUUCCAUUAUAUUUUAAACAAAGUAAGAUAUAUAUGUAUAAAAGAGACCAACAGCACACAUAUUCUUCUGCUCCUUGUACAUUUUUGUACAAGUCAAUUUAGUAAUUUUGUCCUACUUUACUAUCAUGCUUUUCCAAGACGAAAUUAUUCUAAUUUUUUUUCUCCUAAAGCUUUUUAUACUAGAAUUGAUAUUUGAUUUAUAUUUUGUUAAUGCAUGUAUAUUUAUAAAUAUUAAUCUGAAUAUAUGUGAUAUAACUAAAUUGCUAGGUCAUUCCGCCAAAUGCUAUAACCUUCCUGUGCCCAUAUGCCUGAAUCCAAACUGGAACUUGGGACAAUGACCCAUUACAGAUUUUAUAAUUGUCUUGUAUCUGUGAUUGCCUGCCACACCUCAGCCUAUAAAUGCACAUAAAUCUGGAGAUAAUUAAACCAAUCAAGUAGCAGAAAGCAAUUGAGAGUCCAAACUCACAUGGCUUGGAGUGUUUCACUUGUGAUUACUACAGUUAUUGUGAUGGUUAUUAGGUUGGCAAGUGCAGAAAUCCCUCCAAUUUUUGUGUUUGGUGAUUCAACAACGGAUGUUGGGACUAACAAUUACUUGCCUGUGGAAAGAGCAAGAGUGGAUUUUCCCUUCAAUGGGAUUGAUUUCAGAGAAUCAACACCAACAGGAAGGUUUAGCAAUGGCUUCAACAUUGCUGAUACUAUUGCGAGGUUAUUCGGUCAUAAGAGAAGUCCACCCCCAUUUGGGGCUCUCCUACAGAACCUGCCAUUUUUCAAGCGCAAAGUGCUUUGGGGCGCCAACUUCUCCUCCGGAGGUGCCGGACUCCUUGACUUCACCGGGGAAGGUCAUAACCAUGAGAGAACAGGUGGAACAAUUUGGGAUUAUGUGCGACAAUAUCACACAAGUAAUGGGUGAAUCUGCAAAGAAAUUAAUUUCAGGUUCACUCAUUAUCAUCAGCAUAGGAAGCAAUCACAUUUUCGACUAUCUGCUCUACAAUGAUAGUCACGAUAUGGAAUAUUUCACAACCACAAAGUUACCAAUAUCAUCUAACGAAUCUGCUAAAUCUAGGGGCUAGAAAAUUUGGAAUAGUAAGCGUUUCACUAAUCGGCUGCAUUCCACGAUAUAGAGUCGAAAAUCAAUCUGGGGAGUGCAUUGAAGAGCUAAACAUAUAUGCUCAAAAGUUCUCCAUGGAACUUGAAGGGAUAAUGAAGAAGCUGAGUACUGAGUUUAAGGAGAUGAAGUAUUCCCUGGGAAAUUCAUAUGCAGCGACUUCUGAUAUCAUUGGCAAUCAUGUUGCGUACGGUGAGCCAAAUCAAUCUCUACGGUAAUUUAAAUUAGUUUAGUUUGGUCAUUCCAAUUAAUCCAUUAUUAAUUCUCCCUAUUAAUUUCAGUCAUGCAUGGAUUGGAUUGUCUGUGAAUAAACACAAGUUGCGUUGUUUCUCAACUUGAUGAAUAAAGCUUUUCUAUUAGUUUUAGCAUGCAUCUUCGCUCAAGUUCCAUUUAUUUUCUUUCGAAGCAAGGUCCAAGCGAUAUAUGGAAUUACAAUUCAGCUGAGCCAGAAUUUUAUAUGUCCUUGCUGGCUUUGACUGGAAUGAUAAUAUUUAUUUAUUUAUUGAAUUUCAAUUGAGAUUUUAAUUAAAUUUUAUGUGUCCUCCCCUCUUCUUGAAAACAGUGGAUGCAAAUGAAUUAGGUCACCAACGGUAUGAUGAUCCAAUAUAUACAUAAAUACACCCACUAAGUAAGGGAUAAAUUCUAAAAAAAAAAAAAAAACUCUCGAUUUGCAAGUUAUCUUAGAAAUUAUCGGGAACAUAUACAAGUCAAAUUUAAUUUUAUGGAAUAAUUAUUUAAUGCAAUGGUGAAGAAAGAAGGGACAAAAUACUAUAUGUUACCAGCACAUGGUUCUUGUUAAAGCAUGCAUAUUGUUGCAAUAAAAAAAGUUGAAUGCAAGGCAGACAUAGACAGCCAUCGUUCCAAACAAGGUGGGGAGGCAAACAAACCAACAGUUAAGUGAUUGCCAAGUUGCCGCAUAAAUUUUUCCACCAACUAUUGUGAAUUGGUGCUUUGAGUUCCUUAGUUUAUGCUGUUCUUUCCUUUGGACAACAUAAUUUUUAACCACAUAACAACAAAGAUAUGACCCUCUUAGUAUAUUUAAAAAUAAUUAAAAAAAAAACAUUGCACCUAUGAUUCUAUUCUA